AUGGCGUUGUUUUUACACUUCGUUUCCCUUCUUUUCGCUUCUUUUUGCUUUUUCCAUCGAUCUCCCGUCUUGCCCGCCUCCAUAACCGAUCUCGAUGAGGGGAGCCCUGCUAGCUCCCCCAUUUUAUCGGCCCCUGGUCGCCCACAUCCAGAACGAGCAGGCAUUGACACACACAUCGUCAUCCCAAGAGAGAAGUACGUGAAAGGUGAGAAAACCUUGGGAAAAUUGGGGUUGGAUGGCCGAACCAACAUCCAGACUGCAUCGUCAAGCGCGGCGAGACGGAUAUGCAGGCCACCCUCCCUCCCUCUGCAGGGAUGCCUUGUUUGUGUCUGCAUCAGAGAAGCUUCAUCCUGA